UAUCAGAGCAAUGUCACCGAGCGACAUCUAGUGGUCGUUGCUCGGAAGCGCCACUUCUCCGUCCUGACGUAAUCAAGCCGGAAGUCGGUCGAAAUCAAGGCGACAUCAUGGCGGAAUACACAAACCCACAGGGUGGCGCAGCGGCUGAGAGAGCUGAUGAUGCGGCUGAUGAGAUGCCAGAGCUCUCGGACAGUGACGAUGAUGAUGAUGAGCAGCAGUGGCAGUCGAUGGAGGAAGACAGCUCAGAAGACAGACAGGCAGUUCCCUGUCUGUUCUGUGACAGGUUGCUUAACUCUGUACCGAACACACUACAGCACUGCUCAGCUGAUCACCACGUCAACCUUGUAGAUGUGAUAAGAACACACAAUUUGGAUGACUACGGAUACAUAAAGAUGAUCAACUUUAUACGGGCCACAAAGUGUGACGCGUCAAGCCUGACAGGGCUACCGGAUGCUGCCCUGCCCUGGGAGAGUGAAGACUUCCUGCGGCCGGUCCUGCAGGACGACCCUCUGCUGCAGACAGACCCUGAGGAGCUGUGUGGCAGUGAAGGGUCGGCGCCAUGGGCAGGCCCUUCGUCCCGGGAUGCUCUGCAGAGAAUGCUGGCUGCUGAGGAAAGAGCCUGUCGCUCAGAGGAGGCACUGACCAGGGCCAUGGAUGACCUGCACAGACUCAAGCUCCUGGCCCAGGGUUUGGUGCUUAAUACAGAAAGCAGCAGGGGAUCGGGGAACCUGGGCGCUGUAGCAGAGCUCAGAGAGGACGAGGAUGAGGCCUACUUCAGCUCCUAUGGUCAUUACGGCAUCCACGAGGAGAUGCUGAAGGAUAAGGUGCGCACAGAGAGUUACCGUGACUUUAUGUACCGCAAUCCAGAGGUGUUCAAAGACAAGGUGGUGUUAGAUGUGGGCUGUGGGACUGGCAUACUGUCCAUGUUUGCUGCUAAAGCUGGAGCCAAGAAGGUUAUAGGAGUGGACCAAUCAGAAAUCAUUUAUCAGGCCAUGGACAUAGUAAGGUCCAACCAGUUAGAGGACAGGAUCACUCUCAUCAAAGGCCGCAUAGAGGACAUCAACCUCCCAGUGGAAAAGGUGGACAUCAUCAUCUCAGAGUGGAUGGGCUACUUCCUGCUCUUUGAGUCCAUGCUGGACUCCGUCCUUUAUGCCAGAGACCUCUACCUGGCUGACGGGGGAUCAGUUUAUCCAGACCUUUGUAACAUCAGCCUGGCAGCAAUAGGAGAUGCACAAAAGCAUCACGACCGCAUUGCAUUCUGGGAUGACGUUUAUGGCUUCAACAUGGCAUGCAUGAAGAAGGCUGUGGUGCCAGAGGCUGUGGUGGAGGUUGUCAAAGCAGACACGCUCAUCUCUGAACCCACAACCAUAACGGCAAUUCAUUGUAACACAGUGCGUCUCUCUGAGCUGGACUUUGCAUCAGACUUCAGCCUGAAGAUAACACACACCACAAACUGCACGGCAAUUGUCGGCUACUUUGACAUUUUCUUUGACAAAGGCUGCAGCAACAAGGUGAUGUUCUCCACGGGUCCUCAGGCCACCACGACCCACUGGAAACAGACUGUUUUCCUACUGGAGAGCCCUGUUCCUGUCCAGGAAGGGGAGGAGCUUCAAGGGAAAAUCACGGUGCGUAAAAACAAGAAGGACCCUCGCUCCCUAUUGGUCACUUUUGACAUCCAAGACAGAAAACACACUUACAGCCUACAGUAAUGUCAGCCGUCACAUGGCUACUGAAAAUGGAUCACUGUUUUUUAAGAGGAAGACACUGUCUCUUGCUGAUGUUGAAAACAUCCAGAUGACUGCACCAAAGAGAUCAUCUAGAAAAGAGGAGUUACACAAAUAGCAGUAACACAAUAAAGGUUUUCUUGAACUUUCAUGUAUUGGCACACUGAAGAAGUAGGACAAAAUUUAACACAGAGUUUUGAUGUUUCAAACAUUGUAACUUUUGUGCCUUGUAAUAAAAACCUAUGAUAAAUG